GGAACCCAGAGCGCACCGGGGCAGCCCGCGGGGCGGCGCCUGGAGGUGGCGGCGCGAUGAGGAGAAGGGCGGGGUGGAGAACUGAAUAUCUACAAAAAAUGUUGGUGGCACAGAUGUGACCUACAGUAAUACCUUGAAAGAGUAUGAAUAUUUCAGCAAACUGCCUCUUCAGUGGUUCCUCGUUAGCAUCUGAAGUGCAUGCUGCUGCUGUUAAUGGAGAUAAGAGUACCCUCCAAAAGCUAAUAGCAGGAAACUCUGAGCUGAAAGAUAAAGAGGACCAGUUUGGAAGAACUCCCCUUAUGUACUGUGUGCUGGCUGACAGGCUGGACUGUGCAGAGGCGUUGCUGAAGGCUGGAGCUGAUGUUAACAGAGCGGAUCGCAGCCGAAGGACUGCUCUCCAUCUUGCUGCACAAAAGGGAAAUUACCGCUUCAUGAAACUUUUGCUGGCUCGUAGAGGGAACUGGAUGCAGAAGGACUUAGAGGAUAUGACACCAUUGCAUUUAACUACACGUCACAAAAGUCCAAAAUGUUUAGCUUUGUUGUUAAAACAUAUGGCACCUGGAGAAGUGGAUACCCAGGACAGAAACAAGCAAACUGCAUUGCAUUGGAGUGCCUACUACAAUAACCCAGAGCACGUGAAACUUCUCAUCAAACAUGAUUCAAAUAUUGGAAUUCCUGAUAUUGAAGGAAAAAUCCCACUUCACUGGGCAGCUAACAACAAGGACCCUAGUGCAAUCCACACGGUGAAAUGUAUUCUGGAAGCUGCACCUACAGAAUCUCUGCUUAACUGGCAAGACUAUGAAGGACGAACUCCUCUUCAUUUCGCUGUUGCAGAUGGGAAUGUAGCAGUUGUGGAUGUCCUGACCUCCUAUGAAGGCUGCAAUGUGACAUCUUAUGACAACUUGUUUCGAACUCCCCUCCACUGGGCAGCCUUACUUGGUCAUGCACAGAUUGUCCAUCUCUUACUAGAAAGAAAUAAGUUUGGAACUAUCCCAUCUGAUAGUCAAGGUGCAACACCCCUACAUUAUGCAGCACAGAGCAACUUUGCUGAAACAGUUGAAGUAUUUUUGAAGCAUCCUUCUGUAAAAGAUGACUCAGAUCUUGAGGGAAGAACGUCCUUCAUGUGGGCAGCUGGCAAAGGCAGUGAUGAUGUCAUUAGGACUAUGCUGACUUUAAAAUUGGAUAUUGAUAUCAAUAUGACGGACAAAUACGCCGGCACAGCCUUACACGCUGCUGCCCUUUCUGGCCACGUCAGCACAGUGAAGCUGCUGCUGGAGCACAAGGCACAGGUGGAUGCCCUGGAUGUGAUGAAACACACCCCACUCUUCAGAGCCUGUGAGAUGGGUCACAAGGAGGUGAUUCAAACACUCAUCAAAGGAGGAGCAAGAGUAGAUUUGGUUGACCAGGAUGGGCACUCACCCCUUCAUUGGGCAGCCCUGGGAGGAAAUGCUGACGUGUGCCAAAUCCUGAUAGAAAAUAAAAUCAACCCCAAUGUGCAGGAUUAUGCAGGUAGAACACCUCUGCAGUGUGCAGCUUAUGGAGGCUACAUCAACUGCAUGGUGGUGUUGCUGGAAAACAAUGCAGAUCCAAAUAUUCAGGAUAAAGAGGGCAGAACUGCCCUGCACUGGCUCUGUAACAACGGCUACCUUGAUGCUAUAAAGCUGCUGCUGGGCUUUGAUGCUUUCCCCAAUCACAUGGAGAACAGUGAGGAGAGAUAUACUCCACUUGAUUAUGCCUUGCUUGGUGAGCACCACGAAGUGAUUCAGUUCAUGUUAGAACAUGGGGCUCUGUCCAUAGCUGCCAUUCAGGAUAUUGCUGCUUUCAAAAUCCAGGCUGUCUACAAAGGAUACAAAGUUAGAAAGGCUUUUCAAGAGAGGAAGAAUCUUCUAAUGAAACAUGAACAGCUGAGAAAAGAUGCUGCUGCCAAGAAACGUGAAGAGGAAAGCAAGAGGAAAGAAGCCAAGCUGCACAAAGGGGUGCAGAACGUGGAACAAAGCAAGUUUCAGGUACAACAGCAUCCCACAAAUCGGGAGAAGGCCACCAGUGUCCCAAGGUUGCCCAGCAAAGCAGCUGACACACAGAGCAAGAGGCUUCUGUCCCUCAGUGCUUCACAGGUCCAGCCAGGGAGAAACAGCAGAGGGUCACCUAAAGCUGGUCAUGACAAAGGGACCCCAAAGGAGACCUGCCUGUCAGCAGAGCCUCAGAGUGGAGGUCAUAAGAUCAGGCAAGAUUCAUUGAGGAAAUACAUCAAAAGCAAAUCAAGCUGUGUCCAUUUCCAGUGUGGCAAAGCAAACGAGGGAGCAAAAGUUGAAGUGAAACCUCAGGUUGCGGCUGCUGCGGAGGCGGACGGAGAGAAGCACAAGGAGCACGCUGUGGACACAACGGAUGCCUGUGCUCGGAGGAGCAGGAGGCUUUCUGCUCCUGCCUGUAGGGCUGCCAGUGCUGGGGAGAAGCUGAAGGACCCAAGUCAGCCUCCCUCUGGCAGGAGGGACCACGGUGAAGGAAGGGCUGUGCUCUUCUGCGGUGUUGGUUGUACCGGCGGAACGGCGCAGAACUCAAAGCAGGGUGAAGCUUCCUCCAAAGGCAAAAGGCACCAGCAGAAAGCCAGAAAUAAAGAGGUGAAUGAUAAGAGAUGUUCACCAGCUGGUUCUAGCAGACCAGGAAGUGCCAAACCAGUGUUUGUAAGCAGCAGAAAUGACAGCCUGCAUGCUGUAGAACAAACUGUCAAAGUGGGAAACAAUGAAAUGGCAAAAAAGGCCUCUCCAUUAUUGUCUGCUGAGGCAGAGCCUACCAGGACUGUGCCAAGAAACCCAAUAGCAUGUUCUGCUUCUGAUGACCCUUUGAACUUGGAAAAAGCAGGCAUAAUUGGAUCCAGAAAUGCAGAUGACCAAUUAUGUUCUGUUCCAUGGCAAAGUACAAAUAUUGAACUAAUCCCUUUAGAGAUUCGAAUGCAGAUCAUAGAAAAGGAAAGAAAAAGGAAAGAGCUUUUUAGGAAGAAGAACUACGCUGCCACAGUCAUACAGAGGACAUGGAGAAGUUACCAGCUCAGACAGGAGUUGUUUCAGCUCCUGAGUGCGAAGCGGCUCUGCAAGGAAGAUGAAGACAAAUGGAGACAGGAGGCAGCUGCCUUCUUCAUUCAGGUUGCUUGGAAGAAGCAGCUGAACCACAGCCCCCUGAAAUCAGUUCCUUCAUGUAAAAAUCAGAAGUCUGUAAACAAAACCAGUUCAGCCAUAAAAACCAGCAAGCAGUCCAUCCUAAAGCAGAUAUAUGGGCGUUCUCAAGAAGGCAAAGUGUGUCAGUCAGCAAGAUCUCCUUCCAAGCUGAAACUUUCUGAUGUGCAGCUGGUCUCAGUGAGCAACUUACAGUGUGUUAAUUUGUUGGAGAACAUGGGAAAAUCAAGGCAAUUUUCAUACAACAUGAGACCAACCACUGCUGCAAAACCAAAAAAUACAAGACUAAAGCAUUAAGCAAAACAGUGUUUGGAAUUUAAAAUCCAUUCUGGUACAGCUGUUAUCUUUCAUAAUGUAUAAGCCAUCUAUGAGGUAUUAAACUUGAACAUUUUCAGUUUUGUAUUAUCACAGCAUUACAUGCCAAGCAGACUGCUAAAGAGCUGGACUCAUUUUGUGUACAAACUGUUUUUUAAAUGCAACUGUUAAUUUUUUUAUCAACACAGGAUGAAAUCUGAAUUGCAUUUGAAGACAGAAAAUGAAGCCCUAAGCCCAGUAUUGCAAUAACACUGCAGAGGCAAUCAAAUCUUUCCAUUGCAAAAAGUAGGAAUUUUGAAUGUGUUCAUCAAACAGCGUUUCAAAAAAGAGGGAAACUGUACUAAAGACACUACAGUUCUGAGAGACCAAUGUUCAAUUUUUACCUCAAGUUCAUUAAAUUAAUUCCAAAAUCCAAGCAGGAAUGGAAGAACAUUCUUCAUGCUCCACUUCUCUACUAAAGAAACAAUUGUUCCUUAGCUAACUAUGGAUUUGGAAGGAAGUGUAGACAUGUUGACAUAAAACACUACAAAAAUUACUUUCACAACCUAUGGAAGCUAUUAGGGCUGUGUUUUCUACCCUUUGAAAUUAUCACCAAUUUUUAAAUAACUCUUUUUCUAUGUGCAUUAAAUAGAGAAGCAAGAAAAGAUGGGCCCAACUGUAGAGGAAAAAAAAAAGUUCUUGUAAAGCUUUAGAGCUGCCACAGUGUACAGUAGUUAC